AAUCUAAGCGAGAAUAUAAAGAAAAGUUGUUGGAAAAAGAUAUGGAGAUACAGGAGCUUAAGGUUACGGUAGCAUCUAAUCAUUCAUUGGUUGUACGGCUCGAAGAAGAUAAAGCUUCAUUGGAAAGGAAGGUGAGUGACUUGAAGACAGAGCGAAAGCAAUUAGAGAAUAGGAUCAAGGACUACGAGAAUAAGUUUCAUGAAGCUGAUAGACGAUACCGAGCCAAAGCAUUGGCUAAUGAGGAAGAUUUAAAACACCUUAAACAAGAAACUGAAAAAUAUGAAAAGUGGGCACAAAAAGUUGGGAGCGAGAAAGCCGAAUAUAGAGGAAUGCUGGUAUAA